UCCGUGACCCGGAAGUGUCGCUGAAGGAGAAGUUGAUGAUAACAACGCAGCCAACCAGACAUUCUCGCUAUUAGAACGGCGACAAGAAAGGCUCUUGUCACUCUGAGGACUCUUGGAGAUUCUCUCUCUGUGUGUGUGUGUGUGUGUGUGAGAGAGAGAGAGUGAAAGAGAGGAAAAAGUGAGUGUGUAUUCUCUGCACCUCCUUGGAGGAUGACCAUGGAAGAGAUGAGGAUUGAAACCGAGACAAACUCCAUGGUCUCCAUGACGCUUUACGCUGUCAUGUACCCAGUUUUUAAUGAGCUGGAGAGGAUCAACUUGUCAGCUGCCCAGACACUGAGGGCAGCCUUCAUCAAGGCAGAGAGGGAGAACCCAGGCCUAACUCAGGACAUCAUAAUGAAAAUUCUGGAGAAGAAAAACGUUCAGAUAAACUACACAGAGUCUCUGCUGCGCAUGGCUGCAGAUGACGUGGAAGAGUUCUUAGUGGACAGGCCUGAGCAGGAGUUCCAGGACCUAAAUGAGAAAUCCAGAGCUCUGAAACACAUCCUCAGUAAGAUACCUGACGAGAUCAACGACAGGGUACGCUUCCUACAGACAAUUAAAGACAUCGCCAGUGCUAUAAAGGAGCUCCUGGAUACAGUCAAUAACGUCUUUAAGAAAUACCACUACCAGAACCGUAGGGCUCUUGAGCACCAGAAGAAGGAGUUUGUCAAAUACUCCAAAAGCUUCAGCGACACCCUCAAAACAUACUUCAAAGAUGGAAAGGCGAUCAACGUGUUCAUCAGUGCGAACAGACUGAUCCACCAAACCAACCUCAUUCUGCAGACCUUCAAGACCGUCAUAUAGGCUUGCCUUGGAGAGGCCAGCCAAUCUUCCAACAAAGCAACAUUAAAAAUGGCAUAUGAUCGGAGAGCAUCUUUUACCAGAUUUAAAUGUACAAUAGAGGAUUGAUUUUGACCCGACAGUUUUAAUUUAUACCCUUGAGGUGCGUUCAAAAAAGCAGUGAAAUACGUCAGCUUUUAAACUGUUAGCUAAUGUUAGUGAAUGUUUAAUGGCCAAAAGCUAGCUGAAGAACUUCAGCAUAUGUGAUAGCUUUUUUAGUUAUCCCUAGCUACUGUUUAAUUGUGUGAAUCAGCAUUUUAAAGUUUUGGGACAGUCUUGUUGAUCAGGUAUGACAAUAUUUUUUCUAUUUUUCUUUGGUCCUAUAAAAGUUUGCUGUAUGUAAAAUAUUCUGUGCUAUAUCUUAGAAAUUAAAUAAAUGUGACAAGAUAAUGAUAUUUGUUUCUAACAUUAGGGCUGUUUUCCUAAAGAUGUAAAAUUAGCUUUUUGUUUCUUGCCACGUUAUUAAUGAUACUGGUAUCUUCCUGGCUCUACUUGUUGAACACACACCUGGUCUUGUUAGAAGUAGAGGAGACGAGGCAUUUGUCAGACUAAUUGCCAUUUUUGAUAAUAUAUAUUCAUGUGAUUACUUUACAUUAGGCUCAAGGUAGAAGUUGCCCCUAACCACAUAUCUAGGAUCAGAUUACCUUUCCCCAAUCCUAACUUUACCUGUUACUGGGAUGAAGAAUACAGUUAGCUCCAAAAGUAUUUCAUUUUUUGUUGUUUUGACUGUACUCUAGCAUUUUGGAUUUGAAAUGAUACAAUGACUAUGAGGUUAAAGUGCAGACUGUCGGCUUUAAUUUGAGGGUAUUUUCAUCCAUAUCGGGUGAAUUGUUUAGAAAUUACAGCAUUUUUCGUACGUAGUCUUCCCAUUUUAGGGGACCAAAAGUAUUUCAUACAAAUUCACUUGUGUAUUAAAGUAGUAAAAAGUAUUUGGUCCCAUAUUCAUAUCACACAAUGACUACAUCAAGCUUGUGACUACACAUUUGUUGAAUGCAUUUGCUGUUUGUUUUGAUUGUGUUUUAGAUCAUUUUGUGCCCAAUAGAAAUCAAUGGUAAAUAUUGUAUUGUCAUUUUGUAGUGAGUUUUAGUGUAAAUAAGAAUAUAAUGUUUCUAAACUCUUCUACAUUAAUAUGGAUGCUACCAUGAUUAUGGAUAAUCCUGAAUAAAUUGUGAAUAAUGAUAUGAGAAAGUUAGACACAAAUAUCACCCCCCCCCCUAAAAUAUGCUAACGUCUCCUGUUAUUGUAAUGGUGAGAGGUUAGCAUGUUUUAGGCGUAUGAUAUUUGUGCAUCUGUAACUUUCUCACUCAUCAUUAUUCAUGAUGCAUUCAGAAUUAUCCAUAAUCAUGGUAGCAUCCACAUCAAUGUAGAAGUGUAUACUAUGACAGUCUGCUCUUUCAUCUCAUAGUCGUUGUAUAAUUUCAAAUCCAAAGUGCUGCAGUACAGAGCCAAAAUGACAACGGCAGCAAAAAUUCACUGUUCCAUCACUUUUUGAGCUCACUGUGUCUGACCCUGUGUCAGUGUUUAGGGGCAAUUUAGCCUCUUAAUCAUGCUUUCAGAACGGAAACUGCUUUCACUACCUACUGUGCAUCUCAAGUGUCUCCCUCUCUUAAGAGAAAGCAAUAUGAUGUUCUAACCCUACUGGGUAUGACCUUUCACCUGUCCAGUCUUUACAGAGUAGUGCAGAAGAAGGGAGCGGUGUGAGGAGAGAACCUUGUUUGAUUAUUGAGAUGCACCCGUAUUCUACUCUCUAUUAGAAGACAGAAAACCAAAAGACUUUGGGGUAGGGGUGACUAGGGAGGGAUCGAUUUGGGAUUCAAAAAGUAACAUUCCCACACUGUCUGUGUGAUUAGCUACAGAGAGCAUGACUGAGGAGAGAGCAGGGUUUGUAAAAGAAGUCUGUCCCUGAUGUUUAAAGAUGAAGGGAUAGAAACGGCUCCAGGUUGAAGCUGUCUAUAUUUAACUGAUACUGUAUGUCUGGUGGCAAAUGUUCAAUAAAUCAUUUCCUAAUUA